AAAAGUUUGUAGAAUCGAUUUGGGAAGACAUAAAAGUGAGAGAUAAUUCUCCUCCUUAUAUACAGAGAAAGAGAGAGCUUACAUUGGAUCCUUCGCCGUGUGGGACCUCUCUCUCUUCUCCAUAUUCUCCACCACCUUCUCUACCUCAUAACUCAACACAAAGCCUAGUACUAGAAUCCCAAGCAGCAGCAGGUUAAUUUUCUGUCCUCUCAAUUUCUUCCUUGGAUUCUCUUCAAUCUAUAACUAACUUCACUAUUAAACCUUUAUGUUCUUCAGUUUCAAAUCCAUCCCUUAAUUUCACGUUUAACUUUCUGGAUUCCACCGUUUAAUUAGGUUAUUGAUAGCUAGCUUCAUCUUCAUGGGCGUUUCAUCAAAUCUUGAACUAGUGUUUCUCCCUAAGAAACAUCCAAAGGAUCACUCCUUGGUAAGACCCUCUAUGGAAACUCCAAACAAAGAAGAACGAGUGCAAGAACAAGAACAAGAGAGACAACUGAACGACACGGAUGAUCAUGUGCUGUCCGCACUAAUUUCUUUGGAUUUGAAGAUCAAGAUUCCGUCGUACAAGGAGGCGGCGGAGGAGGACUUAAACGACGACGAAGGGUUGAAGACUCCAACAUCUCCGGAACACAGGAUCCCAGCAACCCUGCCGUGCCCACCUGCACCAAGAAAGCCAAAAUCUCAGCUGUCCAAGAAACGAAAAGAUCAAUUUGCACUUGAUGUGUCUCAAGAGAUUGAAUCGUAUUUCUCCUCUCAAUUCAAGGCUGCUUCUGAAAAUAAGAAGAUCAAGGUGUUCACGAAUUGAUAACCACUGUGACUCUAGGGUGAGCCAUUUAUAGAUAUAACAUCUUUUAUGUUAACAAUAUUAACUCUAUAUACUAUAUACACGUACGUAUCUCCAGUUCUGGAUUCAGUGGGUUUGUAGAAUUUUCCUUUAGUUUUUGUUUUAUUUUAUGGUGUGUCCUUUGAUUAACGACUAAAACUCAUAUUCUCACAUACUAAUGGGAUAUGUGAGAUUUUCAUAUGAUCAUAUAUCCACCUAUUUUAAACUUUCAUGCUUGCUUUUCUUCAUUUGUAGAUUUCAGUUUGUUGAUCCAUAUAUA